CUCUCUCACGAUAACCUUCAGUUUCAUUCGGUGGCUUAAAAUCUGCUGAACAAUGAAAAUCCUUCCGUCUGCGGUGGUGGUGGUUUUGACCUUUGGGUCAAUGAUUGCUGCUAGGGAAAUUCCCCUCAAAGAGACCGAGUGGAAUAAACUAGCUUCAGCAUGUACAAUCAACAUCAAUUCUCAUCUUCCAAGGCCACAACCAUUGAUUUUGAUUCCUGGAACUGAUCAAUACCGAUACCCUCAAUCAAAUGACCGACUACUGCAUCUUCAAGCAGGCGAAUACUUGGAGCUUGCUUGCGAAAAUGGAUUCAAUGUGGCUCCUGGAAAGAACACAAUUAUGGUCUCUUGCGUGUUCGACCAGACGUUUAACUUCGAUAGUACCAUGUUCCGGUUCAGUGACUUUUCUUGCACAGAAAACUGGUUCAGUAGUGCUCGUCGCACUCCACAAUCUUGUGAACAGAAUGGAAUAAUUGUUGAAAUUGGUUUUAGCGUGGGUUCGCGAUUCCCGAAAUUCAUGGAAGUCUGCCACAACGAACAAACCUUCGAGAAUCAUUGGAUCAGACAUGAAUUUCAUCGUGCUCAUGCUGGAUUCCAACAGGGAGUUCCGCGGCCAUCGUGGCAUCAGGGCGAUUUCUAUCCUGGUAUCAAUAUAAACACUUUGUACACUGUCAACCGCCAACGGCAGACUCUGGCCACUGUUCUGGGUUCCCAAGCGAUCGCCGAUGAUCUGGUUAGGGAUGCAUCUACGGGAAUCUUCAUGGCGCGUGGACACAUUGCCGCACGAGCUGAUUUCAUCUAUGGUACGCAACAGAAUGCCACCUUCUGGUUCUUGUGCGCUGCUCCUCAAUGGCAGAACUUCAACGAUGGAAACUGGCUGCGAAUUGAGGAUAGCGCUCGCAACUUUGUAGCUGCUCGAAAUCUUCAUGUCACAGUGUAUGGAGGAACCUAUGGAGCACACACUCAAACUGAUGCCAAUGCGGAUCAGCAACCGAUUUUCCUGGAUUUCAAUCCAAACGGUACACGACGUCUGCCGGCACCAAAGAUCUACUACAAGAUUUUACACGAUGAGCGAAACAAUGCCGGAAUUGUGCUCAUCGGCGUGAAUGACAUCCAUAUCACUUCGAUGCAACAAAUUCAGGAUGAGUACAUGUUCUGCGAGGAUAUCGGAGACAAGAUCAGCUGGAUCAACUGGGACAGGAAAAACUUUGCGGAAGGAUUUUCCUACGCGUGUGAAGUAAAUCCCUUCUUGAAGAGAAUCGGACAUCUGUCGCAUUUGAACAUUCCGAAUUUGCUGAUUUAAAAAUGCAAUAAAAAUUGAUAACAGUAUCAGCAAAGCAACUGCUUGUGUUUACAAUCUGA